AUGCAGAGAAAUAUGAGAGCAUUGCUUGGAGAAAAUCUUGAAGUAGCACUGAAGUCAGGAAGGGCAGCACUUGGCUGUGGCUCGCUGGACUCCGCUCCUGCCUCCGCUCCCGGAGCAAAGCAUCCCACCUUCUUUACUCUUCCGGUGGUGAUAAAUGGAGGUGCCACGUCCAGCUUUGAGCAAGACAAUGAAGACACUGAGCUCAUGGCAGUCUACACCACAGAAAACGGCAUCGCGGAGAAGAGCUCUCUUGCAGAGACCCUGGAUAGCACCGGAAGCUUAGACCCCCAGAGGUCGGACAUGAUUUACACCAUCGAAGAUGUUCCUCCCUGGUACUUGUGUAUAUUCCUGGGCCUACAGCACUACCUGACCUGCUUCAGUGGCACAAUCGCGGUGCCUUUCCUGCUGGCCGAUGCCAUGUGCGUUGGGUACGACCAGUGGGCCACCAGCCAGCUCAUCGGGACCAUCUUCUUCUGCGUGGGAAUCACCACCCUAUUACAGACCACAUUUGGAUGCAGGUUACCCCUGUUUCAGGCCAGUGCUUUUGCAUUUUUGGCCCCUGCUCGAGCCAUCCUGUCUUUAGAUAAAUGGAAAUGUAACACCACAGAUAUGUCCAUUGCCAACGGGACCGCAGAGCUGUUGCACACAGAGCACAUCUGGUACCCACGGAUCCGAGAGAUCCAGGGGGCCAUCAUCAUGUCCUCGCUGAUUGAGGUGGUCAUCGGCUUCCUGGGCCUUCCCGAGGCUCUGCUGAAGUACAUCGGGCCACUGACCAUCACACCUACCGUAGCCCUCAUCGGCCUCUCGGGUUUCCAGGCAGCAGGAGAGCGAGCAGGGAAACAUUGGGGUAUCGCCAUGCUGACAAUUUUCCUAGUAUUACUGUUUUCUCAGUAUGCCAGAAAUGUUAAGUUCCCUCUCCCAAUAUACAAAUCCAAGAAAGGAUGGACCGCAUAA